AUGAGGGCGACUCAUGCAAUUUCCUCCAAAACUCUUCCUUGCGCCAUUCUCGCGCUUGCCAUUUUCGUGCCCCUGAGCUCAUGUGAUCUGAUCCACAGCACAUGCAGAAAGACCCCAAAUUUCCAACUCUGUGCUUCCAUUCUAAGAUCAAAUCCUAACAGCGGUAGCGCUGAUGUUAGGGGCCUUGGCCUCAUAAUGGUUGGUUCGCUCGAGUCUAAGGCAACUUCUGCUUUGCACACAAUUAGGCAGCUUCUCAGGACCAAACCACACUUGAAAAUCCCUUUGAUUGAGUGCAGCAAAAAGUAUAGCUUUAUUCUAAAAUAUGACGUUACCGAAGCUUAUGAGGCUUUGAGGUUGGGAGAUCCUAAAUUCGGGGAAGAGAGCAUGAACGAUUCUGCUAUGGUAGCUCAAGAAUGUGAAGAUUGUUUCAAACGAUUCCCCUGCCCAAUUACGAGUGUUAAUAAAGAUGCUCAUGAUAUUUCUGCUGUGGCUGCAGCCAUAAUCAGUUCAUGCGAUCUCAUCGAUGACACCUGCAAAAAGACCCCAAAUUACCAACUCUGUGUUUCCAUUUUAAGAUCAGACCCUAAAGCCCCCGGUGCUGGUGUUUCCGGGCUUGCCCUCGUUGUAGUUAAUUCCCUCAAGUCUAAGUCAACUUCUGCACUGCAAACUAUUGAGCAGCUUUUGAAGUUCCCUUAG